AGGUUGUCAGCUUCAAAUGCCAGUUUUAGUAGUGAAUGCAAGUCAAGUUAACAUUUUUCAAGCAUGCUGUACGAUUCUGCCAUUUGUAACUGCGCCACCUACGCUACCGACAACAUUACCCGUAACACCUCCACACUGUCAGUGUCCCAUGGAUCUGUACAGCGACAGAGUUUGCCCCUCAACUGGACCUUGCAACAGAGAUCCUAAGGCAGUUACAUAUUAUCCUCCGCCACUGUGCCCAGUCAACAUAAACUGCGAAGAAACAGACUACUUACGAUUUUAAUUCUCUGAUGGAAGCUACAU